CCUUAGUUCAAUACAAAUAGUUUCAUCAAAAUCAAGAACCAUUUGAAGAAAUCAUAUGAACAAAUUAACUUCAUAUUUAGUUUUAAGUUUUCAGAUGCGAUUUUAUAUGUAUAAUGAUUCAAGAGUGAUUGAAAUAAAUGAACGAGUUGAAAAUCAAACUAAAGCAGAUAAGAAAAUUGUAGAAGUCGGUCAUGUGGCUUAUAGCAUGUCACAUCGGAUUGCUAUUCAAGCUGCUGAAGAUGGUCAAGAUGAACAUACAUUAAUCUUAGGUCUUAUACUUUUCCAAACCGUCCACCUUAUUUCAAUUUUUGCUUAUGAUUUACUGAUCUUCAUGUUUCUUUCUUGGCUUGGUUGGGUUUCGUUCAGAUGAUGGUGAUAUUGAAUCAGCUUUCAAACAUUUAUCUGGAACGAUCCUAAGAGAUGUACCAAAAGAUUGCUUUCACCUAAAGGACAAAAGCUAAUUCUAGAUUUAUUAUCUAACAAACGACCUGAAUUGCAUGAAACAGAUGAAGGACAACCGAUUGAUGAGAUCUUUAUGUAUUUAGCAAGAUUACAUAAAGCUGAAUUGGUUUCGAUCAUACCUGAUUUGAUCAUUGAAAACUCUUUACAUAAAUUGUAUAUCUUUGAUACUUCGAUUGGAUUUAAAGAUACCAAACUUGUGUCAACGGUCACUUUUGAUUUAAACCAAACUUGAUGUUCAAGAUCAUC